AUGGAGUAUGCAAUGGACACUCGGCAAGGUGGGGACGAGGCAGCAGAGAGUGAACACACUCUAGAGGAAACGUCUGCAAAAGAAGGAAGUGAGAUGCUGCACAAGAAGAACAAGAAGCACAAAAAACACAAGGGCAAAAAGAAGAAGAAGAAACGUGGCAAGGGAGAGCGGGAGACCAGCUCAGAGUCGGUCCCAGAGUCCGACGUAGAGAAGCCACCAGUCAGAACCAGAGCAGGCUUGAGGAGUGCUGGCCUUGUGGCUCCUGAUGCAGCAGCAGGUACAAAAGAUGAGGCAACAAAGGGCUUGAUCACAGAUAAACCUGAGGUAUGUGAUGCUAAAGCCAGAAAACACAAAAGACAUUUUGGGAAAAAGAAGAAAAAGAGGAGGAGAAAAGGGGAAGAGAAGCAGGAGAAGAACUCACCUUUACACUCCCCAUCAGAGAGCGAAUCUAUGUCAGGGUCAGAUUCUGAGUCUGAGGAGAAGCCAGCUGGCACGGAUGUGCAAGCAGUUCCCAUCCUGUCUAAGGCCAGACAAGAGGUAUAUGUGUCCUCCCUAUGCCUAACUCUCGGCCAAAAAGAGCGAUCUCUGAAAAUGUGUCAAACCUUGGAUGAGCAGUCUAUGGAUGCACGAGGAAAGACAGAAGAGAAGGUGCCCCCUGCUGACAGGGAGGAACAGACCGUCUCCGUCAUAAAGGCAGAAGAUUCACGGAGCGGCAGGUGCUUCAGUCACUCCCAGGAGCUUCCGGACAUCAUCCCCAAGCAAGGCGGCCAGAGAGAGGAGACAAACGCAGGGCAGAGGUCAAAGGUGAAUAACCAUGCUCCCUCACGGUCAAGGUCACAGUCACUGACGGACACUAAAAGAGCCAGAUCGAGUGUUAGUCGUUCGACAAGCUCCAAGCGGUCCAUAUCAAGCCGCAGUCGUUCACUAAGCCCCAAGCAAUUGUCUGAGAGGACGCAAGUCCCCUUCUCUGUCCCCCAGGAGAGGACGCAAGUCCCCUUCUCUAUCCCCCAGGAGAGGACGCAAGUCCCCUUCUCUGUCCCCCAGGAGAGGACCCAAGUCCCCUUCUCUGUCCCCCAGGAGAGGACGCAAGUCCCCUUCUCUGUCCCGCAGGAGAGGACGCAAGUCCCCUUCUCUGUCCCCCAGGAGAGGACGCAAGUCCCCUUCUCUGUCCCCCAGGAGAGGACGCAAGUCCCCUUCUCUGUCCCCCAGGAGAGGACGCAAGUCCCCUUCUCUGUCCCCCAGGAGAGGACGCAAGUCCCCUUCUCUGUCCCCCAGGAGAGGACGCAAGUCCCCUUCUCUGUCCCCCAGGAGAGGGCGCAAUUCCCUUCUCUGUCCCCCAGGAGAGGGCGCAACUCCCCUUCUCUGUCCCCCAGGAGAGGGCGCAACUCCCCUUCUCUGUCCCCCAGGAGAGGACGCAAGUCCCCUUCACUGUCCCCCAGGAGAGGACGCACGUCGUCUCCUCUGUCCCCCAGGAGAGGACGCACGUCGUCUCCUCUGUCCCCCAGGAGAGGACGCAAGUCGUCUCCUCUGUCCCCCAGGAGAGGACGCAAGUCGUCUCCUCUGUCCCCCAGGAAGGGACGCAAGUCGUCUCCUCUGUCCCCCAGGAAGGGACGCAAGUCGUCUCUUCUGUCCCCCAGGAGAGGACGCAAGUCCCCCAAGAGAGGACGCAAGUCCCCUUCUCUGUCCCCCAGGGGGGGACGGAAGUCGUCUCCUCUAUCCCCCAGGGGGGGACGCAAACUGUCUCCGUCUCCAAGACGAGGGCGGCGGUCAGAGUCCAGGCCUCGUGGUCGUGUCAGGAGGUCGAGGACCAGAACCCCCCCCCUUCGUCGUGGUAGACCCUCGAGGUCCCGCUCGCCUGUGAGGCUGACUCGCCGCUCACGCUCCAAAUCUAGACGGCUCCGUCAUUCCCGGUCCUUGAGAAGAGGCCGGCGCUCCAAAAGCAGCUCCCCGUCUCACAGGAAGAGGUCCCCCCCCAGGACACGACGGUCCCGGUCUCCGGUCAGGAAAGGCAAGCGUACUCGGUCCCGCUCUGUCGUGAUCCUGAAGAGGAACAGGAAAGGCUCACUGUCCAAAUCCCCAACAGGCAAGAACACCAAGUCCCGCUCCAGGAGCUGCAGGAAAUCCAGUUCACCAGUACAGAAAAUACUUUCUAGAUCACCAAAGCGGAGCAGGACAAAGUCCAGAUCCCCAAUACGCAGUAAACCAUCAAGAUCACCAUCCCCAUGUAACAGGUCUUGUACUCCUAAAUCCAAAUCGCUGAAAAGAAACAAGUGUUCACUGUCAAAAUCGCCCAAAAGAGACACAUCGAAAUCUAGGUCUGUCUUAAGCGACAGGCAAUCUGAGAGCGUAUCCCCAGAAUGCUCAAGGUCCAGGUCUACUGACCUGAAGUCUCUGAAAUCAGUCAAACAUACUGCAGACAAGACUGUGAAUGAUGACCCACCUACCAAGCCUGUUGGGGAGGCUGUAGCAACAGCUGCAACAGGGCCCUGGAAGCCCCUCCCUUGGGCUGCACCCUCCAGUUCUAUCAUACAGGGCAAGCCAGUGGCUGGGCAGGCUGACGAGAGCAGCUCUGAGAUUCCAUCUGAAGACCACGACUCCGCAGCAGAAGAGCCAAAGGGAGCAAGAAGCCCAACAAGCUCCUCUGAAGAAGAGCCAGAUGAGCAUGCUAUCUCCAGGUCUGUGUCACCAGAGACCGCUUGUGCUGAUCGUCGCUACAGGGUAUCAUCUUCUAAAUCCUCCAUCAAGAAGGCAUCAUCCUCGAAACAACGUCAGUCCUCAAAAUCAGCAUCUCCUGCCAGGAAGUCCCACUCACCUGCCGGCAGAAAGACGUCCACCUCUCCCUCACGGAGGUGCUCCCGGUCCAAGUCUACCUCUCAGUCCAAGUCUACCUCCAGAAGGAGGCGUUCCAAGUCCCCAUCCAGGAAAAGGAAGUCUGUCUCCCCGCCUGCCAGACGGAAGAAGAGGUCCAAGUCCAGAAGUCCUGUCUGGCGCAGGAGAUCACGCUCUAAGUCACCGGCACGGCGCAGGAAGUCACAUUCCAAGUCCAGGACCAAGCACUCAAAGUCCCGCUCCCCGGCCAGAAGGAAGAGGUCCAAAUCCACAGACCGGCGCAAACGCCUCAAGUCUCGUUCUCCAGGCCGGAGGAGAAGGUCCGUGUCGCGACGGCGCCGGCCCAUCAUGCGAAAUCGCUCGUUUGACCGCCGCGACCGAUGGAAACGGGAACCAAGCCAUUCACCCAUCCUCAUCCUCCGCAAGCGCCGGUCCACAUCUCGAACCCGCCGCAGUGCCAGCAAGACCCCUCCUCGUCUCACUGAGCUGGACAAAGACCAGCUACUGGAGAUAGCGAAGGCCAAUGCAGCAGCCAUGUGUGCUAAAGCAGGUGUGCCCAUUCCAGAGAGUCUGAGACCCAAGGCCAUCCUCCAGCUUCUGCCCAACCCAGCCCCAACCCCUCUGAAUCUGCCUCUUCCCCUGCCCCUGCCUCUCAACAUGCCCGGCAUGGGAAUGCCCAACAUGAACAUGCCCAACAUGAACAUGCCCAACAUGAACAUAUCCAAUAUGGCCAUGAGUGCUGCCAUGGCCAGUAUGAAAGCUGCCACCAUGACUGCAGCCCUCACCAACAUGGCCCAGAUGUCAAACAUGCCCCAGAUGGCUCCCCUCCCCACCAUCACCAACAAGCCCCCUCCUAGCCAGGCUCCCCAAACAACCCUUCCCCCCCUCAACCUGGACCACAUAGAGGAGGUGAAGAGGAAGGUGACUCAGCAGGCCAACAUCUACAGCAUCAAGGAGCUCACUGAGAAAUGUAAGAUGAUAGCGGCAAGUAAAGAGGAGAUGGCCAUAGCGAAGCCGCAUGUGUCUGAUGAUGAGGAUGAGGACAGGAAGCCUUGUGGCAAGAGCUUAAGUUAACUUUCUUUGGGGCGCAUCAGAGGUACUCCCCAUGGAUACCAUCACCAGGUGUCAAGGCUGUUGUGGUUAUAGAGCAGGAACCUCAUCAGAUACUGCCAGCCCUUGUUCUCUGGACAAUCAUUCCCUCCCCAACCCCUCCCAUCAGUACUCUAGCUGUCUGGGGAAGUGUUUGAAACGUCAGUGAUCCUGUGUCCCAUUGGACAGACUGGCCUGAGUGUUCUUGUGUGUCAUUGGACGGAUUGCAGUGUGUACAGUGUGGUUAUCCCUAGCUUCUACACGUUGCUCAGACAGAGCUCUCUGGACAAUGACUGAAGCAAAAUGAUAUAGGAACAUAUUUUCAAUGUUUUGUCAACUCUUUCUAAUGUUAAACUUCUGUUCCUUUUUUAUUGUGUUCAGUAAUAAUAUUUCCACCUCAUGGUUCCUUUAGUGACAUUUUAACCUGUAAUUAAGUGAACUGCUCGGUCUGCCCUCAGCACGCACGGGCACACAAAUACACACAUCAGUAAUAUGAUGGUCAGGUGUGUCUUUAGUGACUGGCAGACGACCAGGUCUCUCCAUUGAGAAGACAAACUUAUCAGGUCUUUGUAGGAUCCACUCUAAAUGUUUUCAUUUCUCUACAUAUUAACUGAUGUAAUCUUUAGCUAUUUUAAUAACAAAUGCAUUUUAGGAUUUCCUUGAUCAGUAGUAGAAUAUUAUUUGGCUGACUUUGUACAUAAUAUGUUGAUUAUUAAAGGAAACCAGAAAAUCA